AUGAUCAAAUCCGUUAUUCUCAUUGGGAUUGCCCUGUUUGAAUUGGUGGCCGCACAAUGCCCGGCCAAUUACUUCUACGUUGAUCCCCUAAAGUCGUGUGUUUCGUUUAACACUGGAGGCAGUACUUCCUUGUUCGCCGAUGCCGAGACUGCGUGCCAAAAAGCUGGCGGUCAUCUCGCGUCGGUUCACAACGCUUUUGAGAACUCGUUGGUUGCCUCGUAUGCCAGGAGUCGUGUUACCACGGACAAAUUCUAUGUGGGACUCUCGAGGAAGACCCAAGUGACACAAGAUUGGGACUGGACUGAUGCCUCUGUUUACGAUUACAGGAAUUGGUUGAAUGGAAAUCCAAAUGGAACCGGUCUAUGCGCAGUGGUCGAUAUCAACAAUCAAAUGUGGACGGAUGUCGAUUGCACUCAA